ACACAAGACCCAGGGUACAGGGGGGACAUUAGGGUUGCGGUAACGCAUGGGCUCUUGGAUCUGGGGAUUUGAGUGUACAGGGUAUAUAAAGGGAAGGAGUGCAUUUCACACCCUUCCCCCAGAAUUUCACACUUCGUCAUUUCACACUUGCUCAUUUCACACUUGCACACCCGCUUCCUUUUCACACUUGCACCCGCCCGUUAACACUCACCCCCACUCACAUCUCAUGACGACAGUGUUGGGACCAUUGGCAUCGGCAUGGUGCCCAGAGUACCCUACAGACGACCAUGACUGGCAAGACCUCGACAUUCCCCCUCCCUACGAGAGCAUCCAUGCACAGCCAAGCGACAGUGACGUGCCGCCUUUUUGCACGGAUUUGAGAACACGCAAAUCCUCUACAGACCUGGUUCGUUCGGCGGCUGCUGCUGCUGCUAAUAGUUCCAGUUCUUCUGCCCAUCUCCUCACGACCGCUAUCCAUGAAAUGCUCGUCAUGGCGUCGUUUGGUGCUCACCAAGUACGCACCGUAGCAACAGGCAUCUACGAUCUGGCCAAAGUCGGUGCGGCUCGUCCAUCUUGGAACUAUGGCAUGCACAUGGGCCUCCAUUUUAUUCGCUCCAAUUUAAUCUUUCAAGGCACCUCCAUUCCCCGUGUCCGUCUUCUGUCCAAGGCGGCCGGCGCAUCCCGUCCCCCGCCACAUGUAAAAGUGACAGAGGUCUCGUUUCGCGUUGAUCGCGAUGUCCUCUUGCGAUUCGAAGCACUUGGGCAUGCCUGGCGGCAAGGCAAAAAGGCCGGUCAGUACCCGACAGUGCCUCCCGAAACGGCCGCGCACUGGAAGGAUCUUGUCCGAGAGUACGAGUUGGAAGGGGAAUGGCUCGAGGAUCAGACACCGUCGUCAAUCGAACCCAUCAAAUCGUCCUGGUGGCCGUCGUGGCUUGCUCAAUCACCUCCUCAAACACCACCAUCACCACCCAAGCGACGCCCCCAAAAAGUCAUUUACUACCUCCAUGGCGGAGCCUACAUUGUCGGCUCUCCCCGCCUCUACCGCCUCUUUACCGGCCGCAUUGCAAAAGAAACGGGCGCACGCGUCUUUGCCGUCCAGUACCGCCUUGCUCCCGAACACCCCUUCCCCGCCGCCCUCCAUGACGCUUUUGCAGGAUACCUCUACCUCACUCAACCCCACCACCCCGCCUUUGCUGGUCUUGCCGUAACUCACGAUCCCGUCGACCCCAAAGACGUGAUCAUCAUGGGCGAUUCGGCCGGCGGAGGUCUCGCCAUGGCCUUGUUAAACUACCUCAACCUCUACCUCCGCACCCCGACGGGUGCCCACCAGGUCCCACUCCCUGGCGGAUCCGUGUUAUUGAGCCCCUGGGUGGACUUGACAUUUACUUCCCACUCUUGGCGCUCCAAUGCCCAGUACGACUGGCUCCCCGCCAACGCCCGCGACAUUCACUCUCCCGUCUCUGACCAUGUUCCGCACCCAGUUUAUAUGUACCUGUAUGGCCAAGACUGUUCCCGCCCUGUCUCCUACCUUUCUUCUCUUUCUAGCGAAAGCGCCAAACACGAUCCUACCCAUGUGGUCCGCGAUACGGCCGAACGCUUUGUCCGCCAUCCUCUUGUUUCCCCUAUAUUCGCCGAAGACCUCCACGGCCUGCCCCCAAUGCUCAUCCAAGCCGGCGACGCCGAAGUCUUGCGUGACGAAUCCCUUGCAUUGGCCUACAAGUACGACACGCAAAAUACCGGACACCCCAACAACCAAUCCCACAAAUCCUGGGUGCGCCAUGAAUUGUAUAAAGACAUGGUGCACGUAUUUCAAGCCAUGAGUUGGUUGGAGAGCUCUCAAGUUGCGUUGGAGAAUGUGAGGAGGUUUGUGUGGGAGGUGGAGAGUGGGGGUCCGAUGCCGCCGCCGCCGGAUCAGGACAUGUGUGUGGUGGAUUCGCAUGUUCCUGGGAUUUAGACAAGAGUGCAUUCCCACAUUUUUAGAUUAUUUUUUUGCUUUUUUCGUACAUUAGAUAUAUCUAGCACUCUUGUAUAUAUAUAUAUUUCUUUAUACAUUUUGUAGAUGGAUAUCCAUGUUUUUUGUUUAUAUAUAUAUAUUAUAUAUCAUAUGACUUUCGCAUGUUUGUAGUAGUGUGAAAUAUGCAGGGUUGUUUUGCGGUGCCUGAA